UUCUCGGAUAAACGGGGACCGGAAGUAGUAUUGGGAUUCCCGUAUCGGCGCUGCACAACCGGUGUCCGCUGCUGCUGGUUUAGGGUUGGUAGCGCGUGAAAGGAAAGCGUGAGGUGACAAAAUGACUACAGGAGCUGAUGUCCGGGAUAUAUUGGAACUGGGGGGCACAGAAUCUGAGAACAUAGGAACUAUUAAUAAAAAAGAUAUCAUCAAUUCUGAUAAGAAAAAAUCCAAGAAGUCAUCGGAGACCCUCACAUUUAAGAGACCAGAAGGAAUGCACCGGGAGGUCUAUGCUCUGCUGUACUCUGAUAAAAAGGAUGCACCUCCCCUUCUUCCAAGUGACACAACGCAGGGCUACCGCACAGUUAAGGCAAAGCUGGGAUCUAAGAAAGUGCGGCCUUGGAAGUGGAUGCCUUUCACCAACCCUGCUAGGAAGGAUGGGGCCAUGUUUUACCACUGGAGGAGGGCAGCAGAAGAGGGCAAGGAUUACCCUUUCGCCAGAUUCAACAAAACAGUGCAAAUUCCAAUUUACUCAGAACAGGAGUAUCAGAUGUACCUUCAUGAUGAUGCUUGGACCAAAGCUGAAACAGACCACCUCUUUGACUUAUCCAGACGGUUCGAUCUUCGCUUUGUGGUCAUUCAUGACCGUUAUGACCACCAGCAGUUCAAAAAGCGGUCAGUGGAAGAUUUAAAGGAGCGCUACUAUCACAUCUGUGCCAAGCUGGCCAACAUCCGUGCUACCCCAGGCACUGACUUGAAAAUCCCUGUUUUUGAUGCUGGCCAUGAAAGGCGCCGGAAAGAACAGCUAGAGAGGCUAUAUAAUCGGACACCAGAGCAGGUGGCAGAGGAGGAAUAUCUAAUCCAGGAGUUGCGGAAAAUCGAAGCCAGGAAGAAAGAGAGGGAGAAGCGAACACAAGACUUGCAGAAACUCAUCACCGCCGCUGACACCACCACUGAACAAAGACGUGCAGAGCGCAAGGCACCCAAGAAGAAGCUGCCACAGAAGAAAGAGACGGAGAAGCCUGCUGUUCCAGAGACUGCUGGCAUCAAGUUUCCGGACUUCAAGUCUGCAGGUGUCACACUGCGGAGUCAGAGGAUGAAACUGCCGAGCUCCGUGGGACAGAAGAAGAUUAAAGCCUUGGAGCAGAUGCUGAUGGAACUCGGAGUAGACCUGAGUCCGAUGCCGACAGAGGAGAUUGUCCAGAUGUUCAACGAGUUGCGCAGUGAUCUGGUGCUGCUGUAUGAGCUCAAGCAAGCAUUCGCAAACUGUGAAUAUGAGCUGCAGAUGUUGCGGCACCGCUAUGAGGCAUUGGCCAAAGCGGGUAGCACAGGGCCCAGCACAGAUGGUGGCUCACAUGCUGAUGGACAGUCAGGCUUGUGCACUGAAGAGAGCAAGGGUGACGCAAAGGAGCAGAUCAUUGAUGUGGUGGGGGCUCCCCUCACACCCAAUUCGAGAAAGCGCAGGGAAUCUGCUUCCAGUUCAUCGUCUGUCAAAAAAGUGAAGAAGCCAUGAAUAGCCUGAAGUUCCAGAUCCUGGAUGUCGGAGGAUCAGGACACUGACUGCAGGGGCAAGAUGGCUGCAUUUGCCAGUAUGCGUACUUUAUGCUAUGGGAUUCCUGCAGUGACAUUGCCCUCUCUUGUUCCAGAAAAGGGUGUUGCUGCCCCAGGUAAAUGGGUUGGACUUCCUUGCAUUAACAGCCUCAUUCUGGUUGUUGCUGUGGUGAUUGUGUUGUCUUUCCUAUGUCUGAUUUUUGUAAACUUCCUUGUAAAUACAGAAUCCAUUACCUCUUGUUCCGUAAUCUGAAUCUAAUCCAGCACUUGUGGGUGGGCAGAAGCACCUUUAUGGUGGUAGGAGCUGCUUUUGUCUAGAUCUUGAGCUGGAGUAGGCAGGUGCUGGAUCAUCCGCUAGAUCUUAUGGAUUAGAAUAGUUUUUAUGACACAUGUGAGGCAGGAGGGGACAAAUGCCCACCUAAGACUCCCUAGUAUAAUGCUACACAUGAUUAACUAUCUCACAACUGCAAGGAAGACUCGGUUGUAGUAGCAGAGACUGCAAUGCAGAGCUACAUGGAUAAAUUAUUUUAUUGAAAACUUAUCUUUGCAAUAAAAGAGACACAUCUCAGGCUGCUUUGAACACUGAAGGUCUUCCACCUUUUGCAGUGCCACCAUUGAAGCAUAGUCUUUUUUAUGGUCCUAGUUGGGCACUAAUUCUCACACCACCAUCCCAUUCCCACUGGAAGAAAUGCUUGCUUGUUUCUGGCUUAUUCUUACAGAAUGUUCUUCUGGAUGUCCACAAAGUUCCUAUUUCCCUCAGUGUUUCAUCUAAUUAUAGAACAGUUGCUUGACUCAUGUGCCCUGCAUAUGAAUUAAACAAUAGAGUUGAGGAAAAGAACCCCAUACUGUAUCUUAGGUGAUGCAUUCAUUCAUUGCAGGAGGUAUUUCCUGCUCUGAUGAGAGGGGGUCAUGCCUCUGCCAAGAUGUUGCCUGCUCUCCAUGUAUUUUUCUAAGUCCUUAUACUAAAAAUAAUUUAGAUCUUCCGUUUGAUUUAAGCAGUGGCACUUUUUUAGUUAAACAAAUUUUCAAUAUCAAUUUAGCGAGCCAAUUUAAUGCUGCAUCCCUAGUUUUCUCAUCUCUCAGGUAGGUGAGGCACCCUCCCAUAUCUGUUAAGAGUAGCCAGAAUUAUUCUGUGUUAUUUUGUGGACAUACAUACCCAUCCCGAGUGUCGUGGUGAGUUCUUUGUGCUAACAUAAAAAAGUAGUUCUACAGACUCUUUUAACAGGACAAUCCUGUGUGUGUUUACUUGGAAGGAAGUUCCGUUUUGUUCAGUGUGUUCACAGUUGCCUUUUCCUGUUGUAGCCUGCUGCAUGCAGACCAGUAUCUCUUAUAUCCUCCAGAGGUGACUUGGUGUGUGAAAAUUGUGUUGAUUAGUGACCAAUGGAGCAACCAGCUGUAUGCAUGCUGGUUUUCCAAGAACCAAGAAGCAUCCAUUUCUCAUUGCUAGACUCAGCUUCAGCUGUGAAGGUUUGGUUUGAUAGUGUAGGGUUGAAUAUUCGAAGUCAGUAUAAUUAAGCCUGUGUAUACAAUUGCAGGAAAGGCUAUGUUUUGCUAUUAAAUAUAGAAUUCAGCACCAAGAAGGAAGUUUCUAGCCCAUAAGCUUUUACAAAGGUCACCUUGAAAGUGUGUGAGUAUCUCUGGUGAGAUCUCUGAAGCCAUAGGAGGGCUAAGUAGGACUUCUAGUGAUCAGACUGUGGUGUUUUGCAUAGCUCUUUACCCUUCCCUAGAGUAGCAAAAUAAAUUAUGCAAAAUGAGCAAAUAUGUGCACAUUUGCAUAAUGCAUACAGGCCAUGGAAUUCCAGUUUUAAUUUUAAUUUUGAUGGGGUUUUUAGUGCAGAACACAAAGCCCUAGGAAUAACCCUUGCCCUCAGCAGGAAGAAAUUGACUGGCUACGUCUAAGACUUCAGUCGCAUGUUCUCCAGUGUGUGGCAGGCAGUGAAGCCAGUGAUACCCUCAAGAAGAGCUAACUGUAAGUAACUUUGGUUUCACCAGUGUAAAAAUAUAGAGUGCUGGCCUAUGAGGUAGCCCUCCAUUCUGGUCUGGAGUUUCUCCAGCUUGCUGACUCUUUUAAUGACUGAAUUGUACUCUUCUCCCCCCCACCCCCGCCCAGCCCUUUCAGAUAUUCAUCUUCCAUCAGAAACAUGUUGGAAGAAGGGCUAUGAUACUUUUGGCCUGCUGCUGUCAGAUCUAACUCAUGCUCUACCUUCCCCUUCCCAUUUCAAGUGCAACUGGGAAUCGAUAGUGCAUGACAACGCCCUUUGAUUUACAUUCUUGCUGGCAGAAAGAAAGGUCAAAGGCCAAGUUCUUCGUUUUCAUAGAAAACUAAUUAGACGACUCCAUCGACACUGAAUCAAUAAAACUGAUCAGGUGAUUACACAGAGGGAGCCAUUAAAAUCCCUAUGACCUUUGAUCUCAAGUCCCUAACCUGAGGUGGGAAAGGCUCAGUUAUAUUCUCUAGUGCUUGGAGGACAAACCUCUCAAAGUCAGAUGGACUGGCCUACAAGGCUUCAGUGGGGGGUGGUGGACACAGGCUUUGCUGACUCUGCUGGUUGUAUCUAGUAUGUUCUCAUUUCAACCCCUACUGCAUGAAUGGUCAUGUGGAUGGAAAGGCAUGGCAGACAUAGAUAAAGGGUUGAUAAGGCAAUUACCUUCUGCAGUGGUUCCAUAAAGAGAGAGGUAGCCCUAACUGGAACAGACCCCCAAACUGUUCACUGCUACAAUGGGAGGGGAAAGAGCAGAGACCAACACUGAAAGGGGAUCGUGAUUUAUUUGGGGCUUUGUCUUAAGCUACGGAGUCAAUUAGUAUGUUCUCCAAGCAGCUUGCUUUGUUUUCAAUCUCCCAUUUGUCAUUGUUGUCUAAAUCAUAAAAGAUUGUUCACAUUGGUGCAUAAGCCAUCUUAGGUCAUGUAGCACUAAACAAACAUUUGGUAAUUAUU